AUGAGCUCAAUGGCGGGCACCUUCACUCUCUCCCUUGACCCUACCACACAACUCGGCUUUUCGGACGACGGGUCCCAUACUGACUACGAUCUUGCUCUAUCUCCACGGUCUGAUGAUCUCAGAGUCAUGCUAGGCCCUAGCGACUUCCCCUACGACCUCGACGCCUCUGGAGUGAUCUGCCAAAAGCAAAAUAUGACCAAGACACAGCCGUUCACUGGCUUUGAGCAGUGCGCUCCAGCCUUUCAGGCGAAUCUCCAUGGAGAUGCAGAGAUAUACAACAGCCCAUACCGCAUGGAGGCUACGAUUCCGUGGGAAACGGAUUGCAUGAUGUACCCCUCUAUGCCACAGCGCAUGGUGAGGUACACCUCUCCACUGGGCUCAUGCGGAGGAGACCAAUCUACAUCAGACUCUUCCAUCAGCGAGUACUCAUGGAACUCUCCUAAGCUCUACCCUAGUGUCAACGACGUAUUUGACUCACCAAUCGCCGAAAAAUGCCAAUUCUCGGAGGGCAUCGAUAAUGCUCUGUCUCGGAGCCUGAGUGGUUCUCAGUUCGGAAGCGAGUGUUCUGUCUCACCUAAAGAUGUACAACAUUAUCCAGACCCUGUCCCUACACAAAGCCCUACUUUUGAAGACCUUAUGCUAUCCAACAAACCCCCCCGAUCCAUCCCCACCUUUAUGUCACAAUCAUUCCCCCUACAGAACCUGGACUCACGACUCAACCAAGAAGACAUCGUCUUCGGGGACCAUCUACAAACUGGAAACAAUGAGAUAGUUGAUCCCGCACUAGGCGAGGCUUACCUUGACCACCAGGGCAACAGCCUCUCAGAAAUCACUACUGCGGGAUUUUGCAGCUUGACCCACAAGCGAGUAAAGUAUAACGAGAUGAAACCAGAUGGUGCUGUAUCAAUACCCAGCCCUCCAUUAUCCCCAAGCGGCAGCGAGAGUGGUGUACGCAAGAACCGAGCGAAGCCAAAGCAAAGACAAUCUCCAAUUAGCAAACGCACGAGCAGGCGAACCCCAUCCAAGAGUUCAAGUUUCACCAUUCCCCGAAACCGCCAAUCGGCGGCGGACCGCAUCUUCUCAUGCGUUUUUGCCCCAUAUGGUUGCACAAGCUCCUUCGCCUCCAAGAAUGAGUGGAAGCGCCACGUCCUAUCGCAACAUCUCCAGCUUGGCUUUUAUCGAUGUGACAUUGGUCACUGCAAGGUGUCUAAACAGUCUAACUCCAUGACAUCUGCGCCCUACUCAUGCGACUGCCCUACCUCUACUUCCACUUCCCCUUCUCAUUCAUGCACGAUCUCAACCAUGCGUACCCCCAAUGACUUCAACCGCAAAGACCUCUUCACUCAACAUCUUCGCCGCAUGCAUGCCCCCUGGUUGGCCCUGCCCUCCCCACAUGAGCCUACCAAGGCGGAGCGUGAAGCAUUCGACAAACAGCUUGACGAAGUGCGAGCCAGAUGCUGGGUCCAGCAACGACAAGCUCCUCAGCGAAGCCAGUGCAACUACUGUAGCCACGAAUUUAUUGGCCCCCACUCCUGGGAGGACCGCAUGGAACAUGUGGGCAAGCACUGCGAAGUCAUGGAUACAGAAGAGCGCGAAGAUGUUGCCCUGCGUGUGUGGGCCAUUGAAGAGGGUGUUAUUCUACCAUACGGACCCGGCAAGUGGCUGCUAGCAAGCAUCCUAAAUGGCAGUGGAAAGAAGUCCUGUGGUUACUCCUCAUAA